GCUUUAUUCAGCAACGAAGGGAUAGCUCGUACGUGGACGGCGAGUCGGUGAAUCGCCGCGCCCUGAUGCCGCUCCUAUGACAUUGACCGUGUCCUUUACAGGGCGCAUUGUCACUACCAAAUCCAACACUGAUGUCCGCAUCUCCAGCUGCGAGCAUUGUGUGUUCUCGCGGUGCCGGCGACGAUAUAAAAGCUGCGCUGUAAACGAUGGGUAAUCAUCGCCUCCAUGUUCGCAGAAGUCUCGAGUGCGCUGCGUCUCCUCGCCCGCGUCGCGAAGCGGGCAGCGGACGUCUCUUCGGACGCGCUCUACACCCUCUACCUCUUCUCCGAGUCGAACAUCAUCGGUGUCCUGCUACCCUCGCUCGCGAUGGCCUACGCACUCGUCGGCGUCAGUGACGUCGGCGCCUUCCUCGAGGGCUUCGUAUGGCUAGAACUUCAUUUGCUGGCGUUCGAGAUAAUGAACCAGGUCACCGGCAUUGAGGAAGACAAGCUCGAGAAGCCCCAUCGCCCGAUCCCGAGCGGGCGGAUCUCACCGUCUUCUGCGCGCGCGCUGUAUGCCUGCGUCGUCGCCUGUGCCCUUCUCAUGAGCGCGCGACAUGGCAUCACUUGGGUGACCGCGGUCUAUGCCGUUGCGAUUACGGUGUAUAAUGAGGGCGGCCUUGCGCGCUUUUGGUACUUCAAGUCUGGGCUUGCAUCCCUUGGGUACGCGUGCUUUAUAUCGGGCCCUGCGGUCUGCUUCAGUCAAGGCAGACCAUUGCCUCCACAAGCCAUCAUCGCUCUGACGCAACUGGGCCUCAUCUUCUUUACCACAGGCCACGCUCAAGACUUCCGAGACCGCGAUGGCGACUCGCUCAUCGGCAGGAGGACCCUCGCCCUGAUCCUACCUCAAGCAUUCGCCAGGUGGACGCUAAGCGCAUCUAUCCUCGCAUGGGCGCUAGCGCUUUGCUACUACUGGGCACCUCCCGCGCUCUUCAGUGCAGUAGUCUACGGCCUCGCAGGAGCGACCGCCGUGUCUUUCUUGACGGACUACUCGCAGGAAGCCGAUCAACGCUCUUAUGACUUGUAUAACCUGUGGCUGGUCUCAUGUAACGUGCUUCCGCUGUUCGCGCGUUGGCGAGCGCUUAGCGUAUGAGGUUGAUCGUCUAUAUACAGCCUGAUAAAUUUAUAGAAUUAGGCCUUGCUAGAGAGGGAUCUUCGCCAUCAAUGAAAUAGAAUUAUGUAUACAUGCCUUUUGUGCACCUGAGCUCUACACGAGAAUCAACGAAAUGCAUCAUACUGUCUUUGCGA